GACGUUGCACGAGUCGCCGAGAGGCGCCUCUAGUGGCGACCAGGCCGGAGUCACCACCAGACCAAGCUGCGAUUGCGGCUGCAGACUGAGCAGCUAAUUUUGGACUUUGGAGGCUCCGAUGAUCGUUCGAAGCGAGUAGACGUCUGUCAUUCGACAGUCAUACCAGUUAAACUACUUCGGUCUCGCGGUUGUCUUUUUCGGUGCGACGGCGUUCACAGGAGGAUGCUAACGAAUUGACCGCCCUUCUUUGUCGCGCUCCCUCCCACCAGUUCUUGUGGUCCUUCUUCUUCGUGUCUGCUUCCCGUGUCUUGCCAGCCAGGUCACUGCGAAGAUGGCAGCGAUGUGGCGAGAAGCCGCGGCUCAGCAGGCCGAGGUCCUUGCGAGCCGCUUGCGGGAGUUGCUAUCUGUUGGCGUGGGCCUCCUCCGCUCAGAAGUCGGCGUAGACCUUGGACUCCAGCCGGAGCUCUACCCAUCAUGGGUUAUUUUGCUUACGGCCUUCCUCGGGCUGCUGGUCGUCGUGCUCAUGUGGGCCGCGGCAUGCACAGGCAGGAAGAGAGAGGCUCGGAUAGUCCAGCAGGCGACCAAGGCACCGGCUGCGAAGAGUGUCAAGCCUGAGGAGUCGAAGAAGAAGGGCAAGAAGAAACCUGUUGAAAAGCAAAAACCUCAACCUAAUGGACGUGCUGUAGUUGAACUGCAAGAAGAUGCUAUUGUUAUGGAAGAAGUACCAAAACAGCAUGCUGAAAUGAAGACUGAAAAGAACAAGAAUAAGAAGAAAAAGAUGAAAACAGAAGUGAAAAAUGUUCAGAAUUCAUUGUCUGUAGAUGGCAAAGAAACUGAUGAUGGUGCAUGGGAAACAAAGAUAAGUAACAAGGAGAAGCGACAGCAACGCAGGAGGGACAAAGUGGUGAAUGAGGAUGCUGGUGUCCAGAAGACUGAGGUGCAGGGGAAUUCUUCAGUUGUCGAGCACCGCACUACGGCAACUGCUGCAGCAUCUAUCGGUCUGAAAAAAAAUAAAGGAGAGCCAUUUCACGUAAAGUCUGGGAAAGGUGAUGGUAUAAUAUCACAUGUGUCCUCCAACUGGGCUGAAGCUCCUGUUGCAAAUGGAGGAGGAUGGACAGAAAUGGCAAUGAAGCUUCCAGCUCCCAUCUCUAGUGUAGAUGGAGAGAGUUGGGUUAUGAGCUCAAAAGCUACUUCAUCUCCUGCUAAGCGAACUCCUGAAUCGGCUCCUUGGGGACAAGAAUCUGAAUCCAGUGGUGGGAGUACAGCAAAGGAGUGGCCUGGAUCUUGGAUGGAGCGCAGAUUGUUCAACUCUAUUGGUACUUGGGGUGGAGCAGAUGAAAGAAAAGAAGCUACAGAGAAGAAGCCUCCUGCUUUCAGUGCUUUAGGACUAAGUGCUUCAGUUACAGAACAAAGUCCCCAGACCAUCAAAGCUGACUUUCAGGACCAGUGUCUUCAAGAAGAAGUUGAUUAUGCAUGGUCUGGCAUAAGUGACUCUGCCAAUCCAGACUGGGUUGCUCCUUCUGUAGAGUGGGGGAAUUGUGAUGAGCAGGAAGCCACACCUUCCCCAGAGUCUGAAGAACCUGCAUUGGAAACGCAUAAGGUUUCUGAUGAUGAUAAAGAAAAGCUUGAUAAUGCUGCUGCAAUUGGCGUUAAGUCAAAAAAGAAAAAGAAAAAGAAGAAGAAACAAGGGGAAGAGUCCAGCGCUCCUGCCCAGUUACAUGAAGAGCAAGAGACGUCUGCAGUUGAAUUACAAGAGCCUGUACCAUCAGCUCAUGCUGAACCCAAAAUUGAAGAUGGAAAUGUUAAUGAACAAGUUGAAGUGAAUGUUGAUAAUUUCUUAUUGUUGAAACCUGAGCUACCAGUUUCAGUGAUGAAAGAGUCCUCUAUAACUGUUUUGGACAGUACUUCACAGAAGAUCAUUUCACAAGUGCCACAGAGGUUACCAGAGCCAGAUCCUUCAGCUGUUAUGAUUGCUAAACAAAACAGCGUGCCUCCUCCUACACAAACAAAAUCUGAAGAAAACUGGGAAUCACCAAAACAAGUGAAGAAGAAGAAAAAAGCAAGAAGAGAAACAUGAUUUUUUUUUUUUAAAUCGACCUAAACCGAAGAUUAUGCAAAACAAUUUUGGGGGAGACAGCGUCCAUGUUUAUGCAAUAAUUUGAAAGUGUACAGGAUUUUAUAUAAACAUUGUCUGUAUGCUUUAUAAUCAAAACUGACCAGUUACAGUCUUGACCAGCAUAUUUGAAUGCCCAGGCAGUCAAGAAGUCUGAAUUGCAACCAGGUGGUGUGCAUCUGAAAGAUGCUGCAAUGUGGGAAUCCGAAAAAAGGCUCUGAAAGUUCAAGGGAUAUUUUGUAAGGCAGGGUUAACUGAUGAAGUGCAGAAAUUAUUUUAUUUUCCUUACUGUUAAUAACCUGGGUGGGCAUGUAGCAAUCUAGGUUGCUUAUGCAUUUUAAAAGAACUGGACCUUUUGGAAGGGCAAGGUGUAGUGAUUGAGUAGUACUUCAGUUUUAUUGCUAGCAUUUGCAGCAACAUACUAAGUUCUCAUAGGGACAUUUCUUAAACCUUUUGGUGAUUUUUGUAUGUUUCAGUUUGCAUCACAUAUUGCUCUUGAUUAAACAAUAUAGAAUUAUCACUGGGUAAUUUUACUAUUAAUUAUUGCUUUCUGAAUACAUGGUGUACCAUUUUUGUAUUGCAUAGCUGCUUAGAUAAAAAAAAAAAAAAAACUUAUUUGAGUCAGUCCUUAAUUAUACAUUUAGGUUUUGUAAAAUUAAGCCAUAUGUACAAUAAAAAAAGGCAUUUUUAAAUUGUUGUAUUAGUUUUCUUCAGUCGUGUUUCUUUUGUUUGCUUGCAAAUACAUUUCUGAUUGUGGUAUGUUUUUUUGUCAUUUUGCUUGAAAUCAACAUGGCUUAUCCAGUGCAAUAUGUGAUGUAAUGGUUGUGUUAGGGGACUGUAAUGACACAUUCUCCACAGACAGCUUUAAUCCAUAUAGUCUGGGUCAGUAAUA